UCCCAGCGUCCCCAGCUCCUGGGCCGGCUCUGCACAUUCCCCCACUGCCUCUCGCCCUCCCCUGUCUCCUCCUCCUCUCGGGUGUGGACAGCCCCCCCCACCCCAGCCAGGCAGAUCGGCGAUUCCCCUCCCUGCCCUCCCAGCUGCCUCUGCCGUCCGGGCUGCCUCCAGAGCCGAGGAGCUGCAGACAGGUAGGCAGCGGAUCUCUCCCUCCCUGCACCUCUGACCUUGCAACUGGGCUCAGCCCUCUUCUCUGGGGAGGGGGCAGGGAAUGGGCAGGUUCUAUCGUCCUCUGGCGGGACGCCCCCCUUUCCCCCGCCCACACACCUUUCCUGCCCAUCCCUCCCUCCCAGCCCGGCGGAGGGCUGUGAGAUGCUGAGGGUGGCUGACUGCGCCGCGGCCCAAAGACUUCCACUUCCUUAGGCUGCCCCGAUCCCUUCCCCCUCUGGGGUUCACAGCCCCUCUGGAGGGGGCUGCCCGUCACCCCCACACACCUGAGCAGCUCGAGAUCCCGCUCCCCCAUGCCACUCUCUGCAGGCCUGAGCUUUGGUCCAGUUCGCCUUUGCUGAUUUCAGGUGCGGCAAGGCGCCCAGGAUUAUGGCAUCUUCCUCCUGCUCCUUGUCCCCUUUCUUUUUCUUCUGUGUCCUGGUUCUCUCUGACAUCUGCCCAGUGGGAUCCCUGGACUCUGGCACCCAGGACAAAAACAUCCCAGAGAAUAAAAACAACCUGCAAAACGAGGAGCUGUGGCAGCAUCAGCCCAGAGCAGGGCACCACCGCAGGCAUGGUGGAGCCAAGAAGGACAGGGCCCAUGGCAUGACUUCCAGAGGGCAGGUGUCUGGAGAGGAGGCCCUCAGGCUGGCAAGUGGGACUCCAGCUGGGGAGGACCAGGGAGCAAUCCAGCGGCCCGCUGCCCUGAAGCAGCAGAAGGACGUGUUUCUGGGCUUUGAGUUCCCAUAUCCUGAGAGAGGGAACCAGUCCCCGGGGUCGGAGAGGGGGAAGAAGCAGAACCGGGAGCACCGGCGGCACAGCCGCAGGGAAAGGCUGAAACAACAAAGAGGCAAAGGCCCUGACCCUGGGCCAAGCUCGCUGUAUAAGAAGCCUGAAAACUUUGAGGGGCAGUUUCAAAACCUGCAGGUGGAGGAAUUCACGGGUCUGGCUUCCACGGUGCUCCUCUUCACCACGCUGGAGACAGCAACUUCUACUGAGGAACCACCAGCUCUUCCAGCCGCAUCCCUUCGGCCCCAGGCCCGUGUCAGGCAAGAUGGGGACGUGAUGCCUACCCUGGAUAUGGCUCUGUUUGAUUGGACAGAUUAUGAAGACCUCAAGCCAGAAAUGUGGCCAUCUGCCAAGUGGAAAGAGAACCACCGUAGUAAGAGCCCCAGCAGUGGGAAUGAAACCAUGGCAGCUGAAGGAGAACCAUGUGACCAUCACCUUGACUGCCUCCCAGGAUCCUGCUGUGACUUGCGUGAGCACCUCUGCAAACCGCACAAUCGAGGCCUUAAUAACAAAUGUUAUGAUGACUGCAUGUGCACUCAAGGGCUACGUUGCUACGCCAAAUUUCACCGGAACCGAAGAGUGACCCGGAGGAAAGGGCGUUGUGUGGAGCCGGAGUCAGCCAGCGGUGAUCAGGGAUCAUUCAUUAACGUGUAGAAGAGGGCAGAGAUUCAUUUCCAGCCUGGAGGGCCAGGGAUGAGUUAUUUAUAACUAGCAGUGUGGGGGGGUGGGGAAUAUCUACCAAAUGAUUGAAGCUGCAGGCUCUGACCGGGCAGGGCCCCAACAAGACUGAUUCUGGUGAUGAGAUGAGGGUAGUGGUUCUCCACCUUUUCUAUCCCAGGAUCACCACCCCCCGGACAUCUGUCCCAUCGCGCUGGGACCCCCCUCUCCCAUCUAGCAGAGUGAUUGGGGCCCCCAACACCAGUUCAUGACCCUUGAGUUGAGAACCUCUGAAACAGGGGAAAGGGGCCUUAUAUCCUCUCUGCUGAGAGGGAAAGAGAAUUCAAAACUCUCUUCUCACUGCAGCUGAAGUUGCCUCCUUUAGGUUGAAUGGAAGCCAGGGCUUAAGUCUUUCGUCUUGGUUAUUUCUUGUGAGAAGACUGGGAGGAGCUGCCCUAGGAAUCCUGGGUUCUGGGACAGGUGGGCGGGUGUCCUUGUUCUCUCCUGCUUGAAACCUACAUGAGAGAUCAGAGAAAAUAACCAGGAAUUGGAAACCCAAACCGGACCAUUGUGUGGGACAUGCCCAUUCUCUGCAGACCUGAAAUUCUUGCUUUCCCCUAUGGCUCAUCGCCUACAACCAGUCGGAUUCUUUCUUCUCUACCUAGGAUUGUGGGGCAGUGAUGCACGGCUAAGCAGUGCUUUAUUGAUAGCCCGCGCCACACACUAGACAAACACCCGCCUUCACUGGUGACUCUGUCCAGAACCCACACCUCAGUGUCUGCGUGGGGUAAUUUGGAAGAUAAGAACCUGAACCUCAGCAGGUGUAUGUGGCUGCUGCUCCAUUGACUUCAAGGGAGUUGGGCCCAUUUUACACCACCUGAGGA